GAAGAGUCCAGUUAGUCCAAAGUAUUUUGUUUGGAAUUCAGGCUUUCUGGCACAGUUAUUCAUUCUUCCAACAAAAGUGAUCAAGAUUGUAGAGGGACUAUGCGGGUCUUAUAUUUGGUCUGGUACAAAUGAAAUAACAAGGAAGGCCUUGCUUGCUUGGGAUAGAGUUUGCUUGCCAAAGGCAGGAGGUGGACUGAAUAUUGUUAACCUGAAGCUAUGGAACAAAGCAGCCAUUGCCAAACACUGUUGGGAUUUAGCUCACAAGAAAGAUAAGUUGUGGAUCCGCUGGAUUCAUACUUACUACAUCAAGAUUCAACAGAUGAGUACAAUGCCAACACCCCAGCAAGCCUGUUGGAUGGUAAGAAAAGUGAUAGAGGCACAUGGAAUUCUGGAAGCUAGACAGUUUAUGCAAACUCACAACAGAAGCUUGAUCAGACAAAUAUACUUACAUUUACUUGGUGACUACAGCAGGGUGGAAUGGAAAACAUUGAUGUUUAAUAAUGCAGCAAAACCAAAGGCAAAAUUUAUAAUGUGGCUGAUGAUGCAUGGGAAAUUGAUGACUAGUGACAGGAUAGCUAACUGGAAGAUUAAUGUUGACACACAAUGUGUAAUGUGCAGAAAAGCAGCGGAAACAAGAGAUCAUUUAUUUGGGCAGUGUGAAUUUACUCAACAAGUAUGGACCAAAAUGUGUAACUGGAUGGAGAAGCAAUUUCAGGGGUUUACCAAUUGGCAGCAAUUCAGCCAAUGGUCAGUGAUAUGUGCCAAAGGGAAAACCCAACAUGCUCAGGUUUUUAGAAUGGUUUAUGCAGAAGUUGCUUACCACAUUUGGAUGGAGAGAAAUAGACGUAUAUUUGAACAAAAAAGCAGAGUAUGGGAGCAGAUUACAAAAGAGAUAGCUUAUGUUGUUAGUGUUAGAGUCACUCCUAGAAAUAAGUUGUUUGUGUAUAGCUUAUAUUUCUAG